ACACACACACACACACACUAGAAGUGUCCUGAUGGAGGAACACUCCUCACACACACACACACAGACACACACACACACACUAGAAGUGUCCUGAUGUCCUCCCACCUCCUCGCUCACUGACAGGGCGGCCAUGUUGAAGCCGGGCGAGCCGAGCGCCUUCCUGAAAGUGGACGCCUCGUACUUGCAUCACUGGCAGCAUCUCUUGCCUGUGCCGCCGGCCGCCGCCCGCCUCUAUGGCCAGCGAGCAGGAGACGUGCCGGCCAAGGAGCAGAGCUGUGGGGGGGUGGUGUCCUCCAGCGUCAAGAGCGGCGGCCAAGACCAAGACCGAGACCAAGUCCAAGACCAAGUCCAAGGCGGGAAAAGUUUGUCAGGGAGGAUGAAGCUGAGCGCCGAGGAGCUGGACUACUUCCUGUACGGACAACAGAGGAUGGAGAUCAUCCCCGUCAACAACCACAACCUCCACGCCAACAACCGUUGUGACAUGUGCGCCGACAACCGCAACGGCGAGUGUCCCAUGCACGGACCUCUGCACUCCCUCAGGAGGCUGGUCGGCACCAGCAGCACCGCCGCACCCGUCGCCCUGCCCGACGUCCCUGAUUGGCUGAGAGACCUCCCCCGGGAGGUGUGUCUGUGCACCAGCACCGUCCCCGGCCUGGGGUACGGCAUCUGCGCCGCCCAAAGGGUCCCCCAGGGAACUUGGAUCGGACCCUUUCAGGGCGUCCCUCUGAUGCUGGACAAAGUCCGCUUGGGCGCCUCCAGGAACACACGACACCUGUGGGAGAUCUACGACUCGGAGGGAACUUUGUUACACUUCCUGGAUGGCAACGACCCGUCCAAGUCCAGCUGGAUGCGUUACAUCCGCUGUGCUCGACACUGUGGGGAGCAGAACAUGAUGGUGGUGCAGUACAGGUCCAGCAUCUUCUACCGGGCGUGCAUGGACAUCCCGCGGGGCAGCGAGCUGCUGGUGUGGUACAACGACUCCUACACCUCCUUCUUCGGUAUCCCGCUGCAGUGUGUGGCUCAGGAUGAAAACCUCAACGUUCCCGCCUCGGUGGUGGAGGCCAUGACCCGCCAGGAGUCCUUGCAGGCCUUCAACAAGAACGGCAAGCCCCCGUCCUCCAUGGUCUUCCCCCAGACGCCCUGCGCCAGAAGCUUCUCCGUGCUGGACAAGAGCGCCGCCCCCUUCCACUCCGAGUCCUCCUUCGGCCAGCUGGGCUCCAAGAACCAGCGAGUCCUGGCCAGUCCCACCUCCACCAGCCAGCUCAGCAGCGAGUUCAGUGACUGGCACCUCUGGAAGUGUGGCCAGUGCUUCAAGACCUUCACCCAGAGGAUCCUGCUCCAGAUGCACGUCUGCCCCCAGAACCCUGACAGGCCCUACCAGUGUGGACAUUGCUCGCUCUCCUUCUCCCAGCCCUCGGAGUUGAGGAACCACGUGGUCACUCACUCCAGUGACCGACCCUUCAAGUGCGGAUACUGCGGCCGCGCCUUCGCCGGCGCCACCACGCUCAACAACCACAUCCGCACUCACACGGGAGAGAAGCCCUUCAAGUGCGAGCGGUGCGAGCGCAGCUUCACACAGGCCACCCAGCUGAGUCGCCACCAGCGACUUCCAAACGAGUGCAAGCCGUCGAGCGAAGGCGGCGAGUCCAUCGAGGUGGACUAGAGGUCAAAGAUGGCGGCUGUGGGACAAACACGAGAGCUUCCUUUUCCUUCCUUGAUUCUCCUGGCCGCCAUCUUCCUUUGCUUUUCUAUCUCACUCGCCCGGCGGACCAAAGUUGUGCCAAAGUCCGAGGCAGAAGUCAAACCUUCCUGCUUCAUCGUCGCCCUCUGGUGGCGGCCUGCAGAAAGUGGCAAAGUGAGGCCUCCUCUCAAAGCAAACCAAAGAUUGUUUGAACAACGCAGCUUUCACCUCCAAAGAAAACUAUCAAUAUUUACCUCCAAAGAAAACUAUCAAUAUUUACCUCCAAAGAAAACUAUCAAUAUUUACCUCCAAAGAAAAGUAGCAAAAAGCGCAGGGGGCGGGGCUUGAUUGAGCAGAUGAAUAUUGAUGUUGCACUCUGGCCCCUCCCACACCACAACGAGCACACACCAAAGUUGACAUUUUGUGCCUGGACAUCAAGAAAAAAAGCUUUAAUGACGCAAAGAAAGAAGUCACUUUUAGCUUGAAGUCAUGGUAACGUGUUUGUGUUGACCUUUUUACCCACUUCCUGUUUACUUGACAGGAAGUUGAUGCUCACGUUUGCAUGAGUCGACAAGAAAACGUGAAGAAAAGCUGACAUUUUAUUAGAAAAGCCACAAGAAUGAUUAUUGUUAUUGGGACUGGAUACAGAAAUAAAUAUCUAAGAAAGUU